CAGGCUAGCGUAUGGUUUUCGGUGCGCAGCUGGUGACGUCCAGAAGAGGAGUGUUAUUUAUGCGGCGACCCCCACGUGCUGAAGGAUGGUGAUGAUUAAAGUACAGUUAACCAUGGGACCAUCAACAGAAUAGCGGCUUUGCUGGGCUGCAGCGAUACCGCGGCCUCCAAACCGUUUCCAUAUUGGGCUCAAUAUAAUUUGCCAAAGGAAGAAGUUGUGGGCGGAACAGCAGCGCGUUAAUUUCAUGGUUUUAUUUUUCCCUCUCCUGAUGGAUGAACAAUGGAGGGAUCCGUCAACAGAAAUUUCUGGUGAACCUCCUCUUCGCCCCUGCGUUAGAUCAUUGUUGUUGAUGCUGUUGUUGUGUAGGAGGCAGGGGCGGACCUGAUAUUUUAGGAUUUCUCCUAGAAAAGACCGAGAACAUCGGGUGGUCACUCGCGUUUUUCAUCCUCUCUUAGUUCUGUAAGCAGCUGAUGCUGGUUUUGCUGUCUAUCAUCCACCCGCUGAUAUUAUGGUGAAAUUCCCAUCUCUAACCCCUUACUUCCCGCUCAUCCGAUUCCUGGUUCCUCUCGCUAUCACGAACAUUGCAAUCGACCUCGGUGAACAGGCUCUGAACAGGGGUAUUGCAGCGGUCAAAGAGGAUGCGGUUGAGAUGCUGGCAAGCUACGGUUUGGCCUACUCCCUAAUGAAGUUCUUCACAGGGCCUAUGAGUGACUUCAAGAACGUGGGCCUGGUGUUUGUCAACAGCAAACGCGACCGCUCCAAAGCCGUGCUGUGCAUGGUCACCGCCGGGAUGAUAGCGCUCAUCUUUCACGUUCUGAUCGCCUACACAGAAUUGGGCUACUACAUCAUCAAUAAGCUCCAUCAUGUGGACGAUUCUGUCGGAAACAAGACCAGGCGGGCGUUCCUCUACUUGGCAGUGUUCCCGCUACUCGAUGCCAUGGCCUGGACACAUGCCGGUAUUCUACUGAAGCACAAACACAGCCUAUUAGUGGGCUGUGCCUCCGUCUCUGAUGUCAUAGCUCAGAUUGUCUUUGUGGCCAUCUUGCUUCACAGUCAUUUGGAGUGUCUGGAGCCUAUGUUGAUCCCCAUCUUGUCCCUCUACAUGGGGGCCCUGGUGCGCUUCACUAUUGUAGGACUGGGUUACUACCGCAACAUCCACGACAACAUCCCAGAGUCCAGCGGGCCUGAAGUGGGGGGUGACGCUACCAUCAAGAAGAUGCUGAGUUUCUGGUGGCCCCUGGCCCUGAUCCUGGCCAUGCAGAGAAUCAGCAGGCCUAUCGUCAACCUCUUUGUUUCCCGGGACCUCAAGGGAAGCUCGGCUGCCACCGAGGCGGUAGCAGUACUGACUGCAAGCUAUCCUGUGGGUCACAUGCCGUACGGCUGGCUGACAGAACUACGUACGGUCUACCCCGCCUUCGACAAGAACAACCCCAGUAACACACUGAACAACAUCAAUACCACAAUCUCCAAAUCCCACAUCAAAAAGUUCACAUUUGUCUGCGUUGCACUUUCUAUUACGCUAUGCUUUUUGGUGUUCUGGACGCCCCACAUCUCGGAGAGGAUCCUAGUAGACAUCAUUGGUGUGGACCAUGCCUUCGCAGAGCUCUGUGUCCCUCCACUGCUAAUCUUCUCCUUCUUCCCUAUUCCAGUGACCAUCCGGGCUCACCUGACAGGCUGGCUCAUGACUUUGAAGAAGACCUUCGUCCUUGCUCCCAGCUCUGUCCUGCGCAUCAUCGUACUGAUCACCAGUCUCAUUGUACUCCCUUACAUGGGGGUGCAUGGAGCCAGUCUGGGAGUUGGGUCUCUCCUUGCCGGAUUCCUUGGAGAGUCGAUAAUGGUGGCAGUAGCUGCCUGCUAUGUCUAUCGAAAACAGAAAAAAAAGAAAGACACAGAAGUUGAAGAAGUGGAGGAAGGGGAAGAAGACUUGGCACCAAUGAAUGAUGUGCGGCCCCGGCGACGAAUGGACGAUAUCGUGGAGGAAGACGAGUGAGCCGAGGAUGCUGAAGGACUCUUGAAGGACAUGCUGGGGGAUAGUACAAGGGAGUUCCCUUGUUUUACUGGGGCAGUUUUUCAAUCAUUUUUGGCAGCCUGUUGAUACCCCCCGUUUAACCUUACUCUCCAAACCUCAUAAACUGUGUGUCUAAACAACACUCCUUUAUGUUUCAUCUGAUUGCUACCAAGCCAGUGAAGCACGGUAAAGAUGCUAACUUGUACCAAAGCAAAUGUUACUCAUUUAACUCCAAAUGUUCGCCAAACUUUUCUGUGCUGUCGUCCUCUACUUUUAUGAGCUAUUAUGAGGAAACACACAAUUUUACUGUACUGUACAACUUCAACUGCUUGGAAAACAUAUAUUUUGUUUUACUUUGAAUGUAUAAGAUAAAUCAUGUAGAAUAAGUAACGAUGCUGAGAUAGGUCUUUGUGUUGUGACCUUUUAACUUUAUUUAUUUUGGCUGUACACCAGUUGGGGAACAGUUUAUGGUUCCCAAUAAUAAACAAUAAAAUAACAAAUGUGAUAUAUUAACCACAGAUUUCUAUCAAAGUUGAAAAUGAAAAAGGGAGUUUUAAAUAGUUUCCUGGUGUGCGAGUGAUGGUUUGGUGCCAUUAUAAAACAUUUAUAUUAUGUUGUUGAUGUAAGAAAACAUCGUCAAUUUCUGCAUAAGUGAUGUUAACUGAAAUGGCGGGUUGGGGGGGGAGGUGGGGUUGACUUGACAACAGUUGUUUCUUGUUUUUAUAUCAUGUCUGUUGUAGUAUUCUAUUUGAUCUCAGGAUGUAACUCCAUGAUACCUACCGUGUGGUGGUGUCGUUGUUGAUCUCCCCCCCCCCCCCCCCCCACACCCAUUCUGUAUUAUGAACUCUCCGUUGCCGAUGAUGCACAAGUAUUUAAAAGUGUCUGAAGCUUCUGUACGUUUUCUAUAGAUUGUAGUGAAUAGCGAAGUCUUACCAACUCAUGGGUCCUUCUGUAUUUCAAAUAUGACCGCUAAAGCCCUGUCCAGUGUAACAAGAGCAAAUAUUACUUCUCUUAUUGUUGUCUAUCAAAGGGACAGUUCUAUUCUACAAUGAUUAAAGGGUGAUUCUGU